AUGGAUUAAGUGGUAUAAUAAAUUUCUAUUUAGUUCCCUACGCUUCCUGAAAUAUUAGCUUUGGUAAAUUCCACUUUUGCUUUGCUUCUUACAGUCGGAUUCAUUUUUAGAGCUUAUUCGUAGCAGGAAAUACUUGAAGAAUUUUUAAAAAUCUUUUUAUAGACCAUGUAUUAAGAUAACUAUUAAUAGAUACUAAAAGAAAGAAAUUUAAUUUAGUAAAACUAAUGCAUUCAAGUUGAGGAAAAUACUAACCAAAACUAAGCUGAAUACAAUGUACAAGAAAAGGAUGUGUCUGACAAUAUUUCCUUGCCAGAAUUUUCUACAAAAUUUAGAGACCAUUUAGAAUAAAGUUUAUAGUCAUAAGAAGAUUAAUUUGACAUUUAUAGUAAAUAAGAUGAAAUCAUAGAAAACCAAAAAGAUGAAAUUAUUGAAAACUAAAAAGACAAAAAACGUUGUGAAUUUUAUCUCACUUCUAUAGAGACAGAGAGCGACAAAAUUAAUUCAACUUAAAAUGAAGAAUAAAAAUAGUAAAAAUCAAAUUAGAGUUUGUUUACAUUGAUUAAAGAAAGAAGUUUAAAUCAAAAUACCUAGAGCAAAACAAAUAGCAUAAAUUUGAAAAGUUCAUGCAUAGAUAAAAACUCAAAAAUAAGAGGCUAUAAAUUUUUUGAGUCUACGUUUAGAGUUAUUUAAGACACAAAUCUUUUUAAUAAAGUAAAAAAAUUUAUGUUCAAAAAAAGAUAAGCAUUUAAAAUACCCAAAAAAAUGUAACAACUAAUCCAAUUGAUAUCAGACUUCUUUAAAAAAGACAAUUCUUAUAAUUAUUAAACAUAUUAAUCUCUAAUGAAAAUCAAAUAACAAAUAAACAAAUAACUUAAUAUUUUAGAUUUUUAUAAAGAUAUGCUUUUUAUUAAGAAAUCUAUUAUGCUGCUUUUAAGCAAAGAAUAGCUAGCUGCAAUUUAGCUUGUAGGAUAUUCCUGCUAAUAUGUGACAGAUGAAUUAAAUAAAUAAAAUGAUGAAAACUUAAGAAGCAAAAAAUUGAAAAAUUAUUUUGAAGAAUAGUAAGAUAUUUUGAAUUCCUGUGAUUUAAAGUGCAAAUAUAUUAAAAAGUUUUUUAAAAAUUAUUCAUCAGAUAAUUUUUAUAAGAAUGACAUUAAUAGUAGAAUAUUGUCUUCUAUAUAAUAUAAAAAUGCUUGA